GAGUGAAAAGAGUAACAGUUAAUGACGUCAUAAUUAGUGAUAAUGAUUGUCAGCGGUUCUUCACAUAAACCAAGAUGGCGGCUGGAAGAGAAGCACUUGCACCAAACAUUUAACAUGAUGUUUUGGGCAUGCUUUUAAUGCGAUCAUACAUCUACCAUAUUCAUCGGCUUCCCAAAAACAUCCAUUACAAAUACCAACGUCUUAAUAAACAUAAAAACACACAGCUCUUUGACUAUUUACUGCAUUUUGAGACAGGAAGUAAGAGCUGCUUUUCCGGACAUCGCUUUUUACAGACUGUUGCAACUGUUCAGAACCGAACGUCAAGACUUCUUGAGUUGCUCGAGAAUGCGAAGAAUGAUAACUCCCGUCUGGUGAGGCUGGAAGAACUAAAUGAACAUUUGUUGAGGUAUUUUUGUGGAAAAUAAUGUCCUGUAGAGUGUAGUUUUACAUGUAUUCGACUACUUGUGAAUUCAGAUCAAUAGAAGUAUACGACCCUCUAGAAGUUAACAAUGUGUAGAGCUGCUUGUUCUUUAACGAAUCUCUCUAUCAUUGCCCUGGGAUAGUCCAAUUCAACAAUUAAAGAAAGAACACAGCUUGCAGUUACAACGAUAGACAAUAGUUUAAGUUUAUUAGUUUUUGUACAUGAGUGAACACAUUUGAUGUACAGGUAUUACACUUCUGACUGUCAAAAGCACACAAAUCAAGCACAAAAUUUGAUGCCACACAAAUUACCUCUUUCAAAUCAUGCAAUAUUUACAUCUUCUAUCACUGUACUGCAGUACAUUUUCUAUUUAAAUAUGAAUGAAAAAAUGCGCAAAAUAAAAAGUAGUAAAAGAUGUAAAUAUUGCAUAUAUGAAACAGGUUUGCUGGCAUUUGGAUGAUGUCACAAAUAUGUCAAAACAAAAAGUGACUGGUUGGCAUGGAGAACAGUGGAAUGAAUGGUGAAACAGACAAUGGCAGACUUGUGGCACAUUCCAUUAUGCUGAGUGUUGCUUAUGCAAAGCCAAAGGGCCAUUAUAAAAUUUAGUGUCCAAUGUACAAUUGUAGAGUUAGUGGUGUCCAAUUUUCAGGUAUCCUUCAGCCAGGAGUCUUGCCCGCAGGUCAGGCGUGACCAGAAUUCUUCAACACUGUCAUGAAUCAACAGAUAAACAGAUCCAGGGUGAGGCUCAGAAAGGCCUAGUGCUGCUGGGAUGGACAGUUCCUGUCAAAGGACAGGGGAUAAAAAUCUUGAGCAUUGAUGGAGGAGGGUCAAGGUAAGGGUGUAGAGGUGGACCUUCAUAUGAUUUAGUGACUAAACUUUAGUGCAGCAUUAAUAUGUGAGAGUUUGCGAGGGAGAAUUUCAGAUGUUGCUCACCUUUAGAAGUAGAGCGAGAAAUUUGAACUACGUCUUUUAAUUCUAUUUAUUGGCCUCCAAAUACAAGACUUCUACAUAUAAAUUGUAAAUAAUUACUUCUAUUAUUUUGACAAACAAAAGGCGGUCUUGAAGUCAGAUAAAUGUUUAAUAGCAAGAGAAACUUAUCAAGGAAAACUUGUUGACCGUACACACGAGAAGGUAAACUCGUCAAGGAAACUUGUGAAGGAGAAUAAUUUUCAACUUCAACCAUAUCGUAACGUAACACUUUUUUUAGUUGUGCUGUAGUGAAACAAAGUAAUACCGCUACGUUUCAAUACGAUAUGAUUGAAGCGAAACUUUGCAAGCUAUGUCAAAAUACAUAAUCAUAAUCUUUACACAGAGGUGUGAUCCCUAUCGAAGUUUUGAAAAGAAUCCAAGAUGCUGCAGGCAAGGAAAUCCAUGAAAUGUUUGACCUCAUCUGUGGUUCAAGUACGGGCGCCAUUCUUGCGUUUCUUCUCGGAGUAAAGAAAACGAGUCUUGAUGAGUGCACGCAGAUGUACAGACAUCUCGCUCAAGAAAUAUUCUCCAUGAACACGUUGAUCGGGACUGGAAAACUGUUUUUCAACCAUGCUUAUUAUGACACGUUGAAGUUUGAGAAUAUUCUCAGGUGGGUUUGCGUGUAGUGGUUGUGGGCAAAUAGUCUGAUUAAUCCAUUGAGUGUCAGCGCUCUCCCCUUGACCAGUAAAAUCGUUUGUCGACUUAGACAGAGUAAAAUAAUCAAGCAGGGCACAUUAGCGCGCAGUGGGUUAAACGAAAACCACUGGCUAAGUAUAAUGUGUUUUUAUACAGGGAUGCUCUUGGUGAAGUCAGACUUGUGGACACUGCAGCAGACAGGAAUACACCCAAAGUAAGUGUCUGAAUAUUAUAAUAUUAUAUUAUGACCUUCACAUUUGAAGGAUCAUUUUCAGGUAGUUCAGACACAAACCAUGACAGCUUAUUGUAUAAUACAAUUACAACCUACACUGGACAUCCACGUUUGAGACAUCUUUUUUAAGUAGUUCAGAUACAAACUACGGCAGCUUAUUGAAGAAUACUACCUGUACUGGACCACCACAUUCAGGUUGAUAUUUACUUCAAUUUCAAACAGGUUUUGGCCGUGUCAACGAUCGUCAAUCAAUCCAUUCUCCGUCCAUACGUAUUCCGCAAUUACCGCCACCGCCACGAGCUCAAGUCUCACUAUCCAGGAAACUGUAGUCACAAGUUGUGGGAAGCUUUGAGAGCCUCGUCUGCCGCACCGGGAUAUUUUGAGGAGUUUAAACUAGGACGAGAUAUACACCAAGUAUGGAAGUCGAGUAAAACCUGAUUCCUGAUUAUAAUUUUAUCUGACGUGUGAAUACUUCCACUUUGACUCACCAAAAACCGCAGCUUUCCUUCUGUAGUGUCAUUGAUGGGGCUCUAGGAAGAACAGUUUAGAACUGAUAGAGCUAUCCAGUAUAAAUAAAGUUAGGUUAGUUUAGGUUUCCUCCUGUAGUAGCACUGGAUCAAUAAGAGAUGGUCCUUACUGCACCUCUAGGGAGAACAGUUUAGAACUGAUAGAGCUCAUAACAAAAUCUAAACUUUCCAACAUUUAGGAUGGUGGUUUACUCACAAACAGCCCUUGUGCUCUGGCGAUUCACGAAGCGAAGCUAAUCUGGCCUUCGACUCCAAUACAGUGCGUCAUUUCUCUGGGGACUGGGAUCUAUCAUAGUCCUUCACGACGAAUAAACUCGACGUUCAGCAGUCUUCGUGAAAAAUUACUCAAAGUUGUCGCAAGUGCCACUGACACCGAAGGUAGGGAGUAUUUAUGCACUCUAUAAUUUAGCUUGACAUUUGAAGCCCUUUCCAAAGUCUAGAGUCAAGAUUCUGUGAACUCGUACUCGUGUGAAAACGAGCAUGAAGGUCGAUGAGAUUUGGCAAACGAGAGUUCACAUCUGUCAGGCCUUGCGUGAUAUUCAGGUUAUUAGGGUGUUUAACUCAGUCUCGAUUGUCCUGGCGACGUUGUGCAGGUAGUAGUCUACAAUAAUCUACCUUGUCGGGUGUGUCUGAACUACAUGAAAAAAGAUUUUAAAAUUUUGACGUUUCGAAUAGGAAUUUGGUUUUCUCGUCCUACUAUACUAAUUUUCUGACGAAGGGCCGUGGUUCGAAAAUAUCGAAGCGUUAUCGUAAUCUUCACAUGUAGUUCAAACACAAAACACGGCAGAUUAAUUCUCGUCAUUGAUUUAACAAUAUUCCAUUUCUCUUUCAGCUGUGCAUACAAUCCUUGAAGACUUGCUACCCAAGAACGUCUACUUCAGAUUCAAUCCACCGUUGAAAACAGACAUCCCUUUGGACGAGGCUGAAGAGGAGAAGUUGGACAAGCUUGUUGCAGAUGCUGUCCAUUAUCUGGACAAGAAACAGGGGAAAAUUGAAGUUACGUCUCGUGCAAUUUCUUUGGAGAAAACGUUACUUCAACGUUGGCGAGAAAGGCUCAAUGACAACUACCUGCUGCCUGAAGUCGUCAGCUGAGUUUCUGUGAAGUGUGAAAGCAAUUUUUUACAUCACAAAAUGAAGAAAUUACCUUGCAAACAAUGUGGAACAAAUUUUAACAUCACAAAAUGAAAGAAUGAAGAUUUAUUAAAAAUAAAUUUUGAGGUAUUGUACAAAAUACAUAUAUUGAGUUAUUAUUUUUUUACUUUUAAAUUUUGACAUUUUAGGUAUAAUGUAUAGAUAUAUGCAGUGCUAUAGAAGUGUCGGCUGACCCCCUAAUAGUAAUGAAUGAAAUUCUCGGCUGCAAGCAAGCACGUUAUCCCUGACAAGUCCAGUAAACGUCCUUGUUACUACAAAGAAAUUCUUGUUGCAAUUAACACCGGAAAAUUUUUCUUGUUCAAAAUCUGGCAUGACUAGCUCAAGGAAACCUUUUCGCAAGGCAUAUCAUGGUUUCAUUAAGCGAAGCAACGCAACACAUAAAGUGGCCAACUCAGAAAGAAAGGAAAGAAAUUUAUCAGAGUGCCUAAAUUGUUAGUGUGUAUUGAAUCUAUUCACUUAGCGUAUGGGAUUUUGUCAUCAUUUUCUCGUUCCCUAAGUGUCAAUACUUUUUUAAGUGAACCACACAUGUGUGAUGUUAUGUAGCAUUAUAUAAACACCUAAACCAACCUAUAUGUAACCUAGACCAAACUACUCAUAAUAGUGGACAGUUUAUGACUUUUUAGGCAAAUAAUACGUUGUGGGCACAAAAGGCAUUUUAGUGACGGUAGCUUGCACCAGUUUCUUAUGUACUUGCAGUUGUAAGGCGCUUCCAUUCUUUGCGUGUUUCGUUUGGACAUAACCCAUAGCAAUGUUCUGUUUUGGUAAACACGGCGAGGGACAACCGCUGGUUACUUUGCCUGAAAAAUUAAGAAAAGGUACUUGAAUUAGAAACGGGCAAGUUGAGGUAAAAUUUAUAAAAAAUCGUUAAACCAUUACCUAUUUCAUUGCCAUCGGCGUCCAGAAUAGCAGCUCCCGCUAAAAAUAACGUAAACGAAAGAGUGUUACUUCACUAGGUGGGUUUCCUUACUCCUAUAAAUGUCAAUAUUUGUGAAGUCGAAAACCAUCUGCUGUAACGGUUAGUGAAACCUACCUCUUGCGGGUGGUCCACUGGAGAUAAUGCCAACUCUCUUUCGCGAAGGUUUCUCCGAUAUCUGCUUUAGAAUAAUAUCAGCGCCUGGGAAGUCUGCAUUAGCACGUCGUCUUUUACCUAGAGGAGAACCAAGGUUGCGUAAAAAUGACGGCUCGUUGAUGGCUCGGCAUACUUAAACAUUGUCUUCUAGUCGUGUUUCCUAGCCAUGUUUCCCGAAGGUGGACAAACUAGGACUAGCCAUGUUUCCCGAAGGCGCAUGGACAAACCAGGAAACAUUGUUUCCUAGCCAUGUUUCCCGAAGGUGGACAAACCAGGAAACAUUGUUUCCUAGCCAUGUUUCCCGAAGGUGAACAAACCUGGAAACAUUGUUUCCUAGCUAUGUUUCCCGAAGGUGGACAAACCAGGAAACAUUGUUUCCUAGCUAUGUUUCCCGAAGGUGGACAAACCUGGAAACAUUGUUUCCUAGCCAUGUUUCCCAAAAGUGGGCAAACCUGGAAACAUUGUUUCCUAGCCAUGUUUCCCGAAGGUGGACAAACCUGGAGACAGGGCUUUUAUGGUCAGGAUACCAUUGCUUACCGAUUGUCCACAGUAACGUUGCUUCCACAGGUGUCGUGGUUUCGUCAAUAUCGUUACCAUAGAGACAUAGGCCCGCCUCUAAUCUCAAACUAUCCCUGGGAGCCAGUCCUGCCAUACGCACGUCCACAACCUUACUGCUCAGCAGUGUCUCGCAUAGUUUUUCAACGUCUUUACUAUGGACUGAUAACUGAGAAUAAAUAUAAACUGUAGUUGAGAUAGAUCAUAGUCAAUAGAAUAAGGUUAGGAAACUUGAUGCAGACAUAAUAUACCUCACUAUCUAUGUUUUUAUCUUGGUUUAUGC